AUGGCGUCCUCCAAGUCGAAUGAGAGCUCUUUUGAGCCAGUCUAUGAUCUCAAGGGAGAGUCUGUCCCAGUUACUCUUGCGAUCGAGGAUGGUCUUGGUUCCGGCAGCAGCUCUAUUACCAUUACCGAGGACAAGACCUUCCUUCGUGUCCAUGGUGAAGAGAACUACGUCCCUAUUGACAGGUGGGAGGGCCGCCAUCGUUUCGAUCCCUCUUUCCAAUGGGAGCCUGCUGAAGAGAAGAGAGUCGUGCGCAAGAUCGAUCUAAAGAUCUGUACAUGGGUCUGCCUGGCGUUCUUUGCGUUGCAGCUUGACAGAGCAAACAUUAUCCAAGCAUUGACAGACAACAUGCUCGAUGAUCUCAACCUGACAACCAACGAUUAUAACUACGGCCAAACUAUUUUCUAUCUCUGCUUUUUAUCAGCGGAGCUACCUUCUCAGCUGAUAUCCAAGAAGUUGGGCCCGGACCGUUGGAUCCCAAUCCAGAUGAUCUGCUGGAGUCUCGUUGCAAGCUUCCAAGCUUUUCUCAGUGGGAAAUCGUCUUUCUACACUUGUCGGGCAUUGCUGGGCUUGAUCGAAGGAGGGAUAAGUCCCCACACAUCCCACUUCAUUCCGGAUACCAUUCUCUAUUUGUCGUAUUAUUACAAGGGCAGAGAGCUUCCUGCACGCUUGGCCUGGUUCUGGACCGCAUAUCAAGCAACCUCAAUCGUCGGCGCGUUUCUGGCUGCUGCCAUCCUCAACAUGCGCGGCAUAAAUGGCCUCCCAGGAUGGGCUUGGCUGUUCGCGCUCGAGGGAACAAUCACAGGCCUCAUUGGCAUCGCCACCUACUUUUACUUACCCCCUUCGCCAUACCAGACAGCCUCGUGGUUCCGCGGGAAGAAGGGCUGGUUCAGUGAGCGAGAGGAGAAGAUUAUCGCGAACCGCAUCCUGCGUGAUGAUCCUAGCAAAGCCGACAUGCACAAUCGACAAGCUGUGACGCCGAAACUACUGUUCUACGCUCUCUGCGACUGGGAGAUGUGGCCAAUCUACGCCAUUGGGCUGUCCUUUUUGAUCCCCAACUACCCUGUUACUCAGUACUUGUCGUUGAUUCUUAAGCAAUCAUUUGGCAGAUUUGAGGUCAACAUGCUCACCAUCCCGUCAUAUGUGCUCUUUAUCAUCAACCUGCUCGUCUUCACCUGGUUGUCUGAGAAAACGAACCAGAGGUUCCUUGUUGCACUACUCAGUCAGAUCUGGUGUAUGCCCUUACUCAUCGCAUCAGAGCUCUUGCCCGGGGAGGCGUCUCGAUGGGUCAAGUACACGUUGGCGACUCUGCUCGUGGGCGCUCCAUAUGUGCAUGCCAUACACGUAGCGAUAACCAGCCGUAACGCUGGUUCAGUCCGAACGAGGACUGUGGCUUCGGCGUUGUACAAUAUGUUUGUGCAAGCAAGUAACAUCAUCGGCUCGAAUAUUUUCCGAACAGACGAUUCCCCCCUAUACAGGCGUGGCUAUAAGGUCCUUAUCGGCAUUUGCGCAUACAAUGUUGUCCUAUUUCUCCUCGCCAAAUGGUUUUAUGUCUGGAGAAACAAAGUCCGGGACCGGAAGUGGAACUCCAUGACAGAGGACGAGCAACGACACUAUCUUGCAACGACGACGGAUAAGGGAAACAAGAUGCUCACAUUCAGGUUUGCACAUUAG